UAAUUAUUAAGUCAACUUGUGCAUCGCGAUCAAUUGUCCAACGCAGCUUCCACUAACAAACCCUAAAGUUUCUCACAAUAAUGUAAUAAUACAAAAAGCACUUUUACUCACCUUUAUAAAUUGGCACCUUCUUUGAUCCAUGUUCUUGCUAUCGAGUGUUGGAAGCAAUUAAUUUCAAAUUAAUCACAAGUCAUUAUGGCCAAAAUCGCGUUAGGAACCGCCCAAGAAGCCACUCAACCUGAUUGCAUCCAGGCUCUCAUUGUUGAAUUCAUUGCCACCUUUCUCUUUGUCUUUGCUGGUGUUGGUUCUGCAAUCACUGCCGAUAAACUCAGUGGAGAUGCGUUGGUCGGAUUGUUUUUUGUGGCUAUAACACAUGCUUUUGUGGUGGCUGUAAUGAUUUCCGCCGCUCACAUUUCCGGUGGCCAUUUGAAUCCCGCCGUGACAUUGGGCCUCCUUGUCGGCGGCCACAUCACCAUCGUCCGAUCGGUUUUAUAUUGGAUUGAUCAAUUGAUAGCUUCUGCAGCAGCUUGUUAUCUUCUUCAUUACCUAACCGGUGGAUUGACAACUCCAGCUCAUACACUUGCAAGUGGAAUAGGGUACACACAAGGAGUAGUUUGGGAGAUUGUGUUGACAUUCUCUUUGUUGUUCACUGUUUAUGCAACAAUGGUUGAUCCUAAGAAGGGAGCACUUGCUGGGCUUGGGCCAACAUUGGUUGGGUUUGUGGUGGGGGCUAAUAUCUUGGCUGGUGGGGCUUUUUCAGCUGCUUCAAUGAACCCAGCAAGAUCUUUUGGGCCUGCUUUGGUUAGUGGAAAUUGGACUGAUCAUUGGGUUUAUUGGGUUGGGCCACUUAUUGGUGGUGGGCUUGCUGGUUUUGUUUAUGAGAAUUUCUUUAUUAAUAGAGAACAUGUUCCUCUUGUUGAUGAAGAAAGCUACUAAGAGUUAAGAUUAGGGUUUUUGUUGGGAACUUGCAUAAAAUUUGUGUUGUUGUGCUUUGAUAUGGACAUAUGUAUGAGGUUGUGCUCUAUGGACAUAUGGACAUAUUUAUGAUACACUAUGUGUGCUCUGGAGCAUUUAGAGAAUCCUAAUAAGAUGUUUUAUUGUGCCUUGGAAUCAAAAUUUUAUAGAUAAUUAAUGGUAAUUAAAAUA